AUGACUAUGAAUCAGAAAACGUUCCUGCCUGCUCCAAAAUUCUCUUUGAACGAUAUCAAUGAAUCCAUACUAAAGGCAGAAUACGCCAUCAGAGGUACCAUCCCCAAUAGAGCCGAAGAACUGGAUAUCCAGUUGUUGGAAAACAGCAAGUCUUUGCCCUUCGCCAAAAUCGUCUAUGCCAAUAUCGGUAACCCUCAACAAUUGGAUCAACAACCUUUGACUUUCCAAAGACAAGUCAUGUCGUUGGUACAAUUCCCCGACUUGUUGAAAUCAAAAGAUAUUUUGUUGGCUCAAAAAAUAUAUUCCAAAGAUUCCAUAGAAAGGGCCACUAAAUUGCUAAAUUCCAUAGGUGGCUCCGUCGGCGCUUAUUCUUCUUCACAGGGGGUCUUGGACAUCCGGAAAAACGUCGCAAGAUUCAUCUUGAAAAGAGAUUUACAUCACGACCCUACUCAAGAUUUGAUCGAUGAAACUGCAAGUAAUGUGUUUUUAACAGCUGGUGCUUCCACCGCGGUAGAUCAUAUCUUACCCUUGUUUGCUAAAGAUGAAAGUUGCGGCGUCUUAUUACCAAUCCCUCAAUACCCCUUGUAUACCGCUGCAGUCACUUUACAAAAAUCAAAAUUGUUACCUUAUUAUUUAAAUGAAUCAAACAAUUGGUCCACAGAUCCAAAACAGAUUGAGCAGAUCGUCAUCGAUGCCAUCAAACAAAAUAUUAAACCAACUACUCUAGUCGUCAUUAAUCCAGGUAACCCCACCGGUGCCAUAUUAACAAAGGAUUCCAUAAUAGAUAUUAUAGAUAUCGCUGCCGAAUAUGGGAUCGUCAUCAUUGCUGAUGAAGUUUAUCAGGAAAAUGUCUAUGAAGCUUUUGAAUUCCAUUCAUUUAAAAAAGUCUUGAGUGAAUUGAGGAAAAAUUAUCCUUCUAAAUAUGAUAAUGUUCAAUUGGCAUCUUUACAUUCUAUUUCAAAAGGUGUUAAUGGUGAAUGUGGUCAAAGAGGUGGGUAUAUGGAAAUCACAGGGUUUUCCAAUGAUGUUAAGAAAGUUUUAUUAAAAGUCGCCUCCAUUAGUAUUUGUUCAGUGGUCACAGGUCAAAUCUUGGUUGAUUUGAUGGUAAAUCCACCUCAACCAGGAGAUGAAUCCUAUGAAUUGGAUCAAUUAGAAAGAUCAGUCAUUCAUUCAAACUUGAUCUUGAAAUCAAACACUCUUUACGACGUUUUCACAAGAUUGCCGGGGAUCUCAUGUCAAAAACCUCAAGGUGCAAUGUAUUUGUUCCCAAGAUUACAUUUAUCAGAAAAUGCUAUAAAUGCCGCUACAGAACUUAAUUUGAAACCAGAUGAAUUUUAUUGUUUGAAAUUAUUGGAAAAUACUGGGAUUUGUACUGUGCCAGGUUCAGGUUUCGGUCAAUAUCCAGGUACUUAUCAUUUAAGAACAACAUUUUUACCUCCAGGUAUUGAAUGGAUCAAUUCUUGGGAAAAAUUCCAUUUGGAAUUCAUGGAAAAAUAUAAAUAA